GUUUUUUCUCGUGCUAUCUCUCUUACCUUCCUUAUCCCUAUCUCGCUCACCGUUCUGAAACCCUCCCCUUCCUCUUCUCCCUCUUCUCUCACAAUGGCUUCUUCAAUAGUAACCUCAACCUUGAGGCCUUUAUCCAUGUCAGAAUCCUCCUCUUCCACCCUCUUCUCCCACCCUUCUACCUACUCCUCCAAAACUCGCUGCUCCCUCCUCACCACACGCACUUUCUCCAGCUUCUCCCUCUCUCUCAAACCCAAAACCCAUCUAAAGAAAUCACCUUUCGUUACUUUAGUUGCCGAGACUUCUGAUUGGUCUCAGCAAGACGGUGAAGAAGAAGCAGAAGUAACCUCAUCGGUCGCCGUUGAGGAGAGCGACCCAGAACCGUCUUUUUCAGAAGAAGAAGGAGAUGUGAGUGAAGGUGGCGACUUUCAGGAGCCACCGGAAGAAGCAAAGCUCUUCGUUGGAAACUUGGCUUACGACGUUGACAGCCAAGCCUUGGCUAUGCUCUUUGAGCAAGCUGGUACUGUUGAAAUCGCUGAGGUUAUAUACAAUAGAGAAACCGACCAGAGUCGUGGGUUUGGUUUUGUGACAAUGAGUACUGUGGAAGAAGCUGAGACAGCUGUUGAGAAGUUCAACCGUUAUGAUUUGAACGGACGGCUUUUGACAGUGAACAAGGCAGCACCUAGAGGAUCACGUCCAGAACGCCAACCUCGGGUAUAUGAACCUGGAUUUAGAGUCUAUGUUGGGAACCUACCGUGGGAUGUGGACAACGGUCGUCUAGAACAAGUUUUCAGUGAGCAUGGCAAAGUUGUGGAUGCUAGAGUGGUUUAUGACCGUGAGACAGGUCGUUCACGUGGGUUUGGUUUUGUUACAAUGUCUAGUGAGACUGAACUCAAUGAUGCCAUCGCUGCUCUUGAUGGCCAGAACAUGGAGGGUAGAGCUAUCAGAGUGAAUGUAGCAGAGGAGCGUCCAAGGCGUGGCUUUUAAGGACUGAGAAGAUCUCUCUGUGCCCUCUGUCUCUUGUAUUUUGUUUAGACGAGAUUCUUACACUCUUUGGCGGUUUUUUUUGUUGUUGUCUGAACUCUUGAAUGCGAAGCUUCUUCUAAAGUAAUUUGUAUUAUUAUUCAACGUUCAGUGCCUUGUCAGUGUAGCAAUAAGGACCUUUA